CAAGGCACACGAUAUCGUAUUAGCGUUUCCAUCUCUUCGACUCUUCCGUGUUCACUCACUCUUGGUUGUUUAUCUGGUGUCUUAAAACCAACAAUAGCGCCAAUUACCUCACCAUUUUCAAAAUUGAAACCAUUUCACUCCUAAAAUACUCAAACCCUCACAUUUGAAACUUUGAGUUUGAUGGCCUCACUUCCAGUGGACGACAGAGACCUCGACGACGCCGCAUUGUGGGCAGUCAUCGACUCCGCUGCCGCAGCUUCUUACUCUUCCUCCUCUCCCACCACCACCGCCCCAACCGUUUUCCGUAAACCAUCAUUAACCCUAAAUCACAUUCCCAAUUUCAAAUCUCCACCUAAACCUCGAUUCAUCAAUAACCCUAAUUCUCCUCCAUCUAUCGCCAAAUCUCCCCCAAAUUACGCCAUUAAUGGCUCAAUUAGGGUUCCUUCCGAUGAUGAUCAUUGCCAUUUUCGUCGCCCGCAAAAGAUGUCGAGGAUUUCCUCCCCUUGUGUUUCUGAGAUUACUGAGAGUAGCCCUGAUUUGAUGCUUGUUAAGCAUUUUCCGGUUAAUCAUCAGCUUUUUACUUCGCCAAAGCAGCAGAUUUCUCCGCAAGUUGAGUAUAGAGUUUGCGAAGAUAAGGAGAAUUUUUCGCAUUGUUUGAGUGGUCGUUUUCCUACUGUUUCUCUCUUUAAGGAUUAUCAAGAUGCUGCUAUGUCGGUUCUUGAGAAGUCAGAUUAUACUAUUAUAUCCGGAAGUCCUUUUAUCAAAAAGUCAGGUUGGAGGAAGAUAGCAUUUUACUUUAAUGUCUCAUUCGAAAUAAGAGAUAAGAACAUUGAAUUUGAUGAGAAUCGUAAUGUUCAGCGUGCUGAAUUUGUAGUUCGUGCUUAUAUGCAGGGAGGUAGGUUUUCUGAUGGGUGGGGUUCUUGUGAAUGGCGGGAGAAGAAGUUUAUGAAACCCAAUAAUGACAUACCUAGUACUGCAGAAACCAGAGCCAAAAAUAAGGCUUGCCAGGACCUGAUAGGAAUUGGGCAAUAUCGGUCUGGUAAUCCAUAGCCGUUCUCCCAAAUAGCCGUUCUUCCAACCUGUUGUAGUCCUAGCUAUUGUGGGGGACAUUCCUUGACUAAAAAUGUUGCCCACCGGCCCACCCUGGAACUGAAACAGUAUUAAAGAAACUCUGCUGUACUGAUUCAAGUGUACAAGAAACAACCCAAUCGAAAGUUCAUCAGUAAGAAGCUUAUGGCGCUUCUUGCCUUUUGUUAUAGUACAGUGGGCUUAUAUGUUGAACAAAACAUUCUAGGACAAUGGCUUCUUGCGGGUAGUCAUCAUAAAUACAGUAUAAGAUAGUCUCUUGGAAAACAGGCAUAAGAGUUACUCUGUAUCAACUAUUCGGAGUAAUUUUAUUGAACUCUUUUGGCUUUGAAGUAGUUUUCGAGCUGGUAGCUGAGCAGGCUUAUAUUUUUUUAAUUAUUAUUUUUUUUAAUACAUAAAGUGUAAUUCCAUGUAAAAGUGGUGUCCAUAUCAAUUACUAUGCAAGUGUUAUUUAUUUGCUUCCUCAGCA